CGCUGCGCGCCGCACCGUGGAAGGCGAUGCGCACGGGGGCGGCCGUCAGGGCCGGCCGGAAAGUCUGCAGGUGCCUGCUGUCUGGGUUCGGUGGUCGUGUCGGCGGGGGCCCCCCGGAACGGUGGACGCAAGAGAGGGGUCUUGCCUCCGGAGGGCCGCCGGAGCCGCCCCGGGGGAGCGAGCCGGACAGCGAGGCGCUGCUCGACGUGUGCCAGAGACGGCAUUUCCUCAGUGGCACCGGGCCGCCGCCCCGCCGAGCCGAGCUGCUGAGCGGGCACCACCCCGGCCUGGGCCCGCUGGGCGUGGAGCUGCGCCGCAACCUCGCGGCCGAGUGGUGGGCGGCGGUGGUGGCGUCCCGCGAGCUGGUCUUCCCCGUGGCCGCCCGCCACCACGGCCACGGCCACGGCCCCGCGCCGCCCGGCCAGCGCGCCUUCAGGUUAGUCCCCGCAGAGUCUCUCCGCGCACUCUUGCAAGACAAAGACCUGAGUAAGGAACAGCUAGUAGCAAUGCUUGAGAACUUGUUAGAAACUUCUGGGAAGCUCCGGGAGACCCUCCUGCACGGUGCCUUGGAACAUUAUGUCAGUUGCCUGGAUCUGGUAAACAAGAGACUCCCCUAUGGGCUUGCUCAGAUUGGAGUAUGUUUUCGUCCGAUUUGCGAUACCAAAUCAACUGCUGAGGGUGUUAAGGAUACCACAUCAACUGCUGAGGGUGUUAAGAGAAUUGGUGAGACGACAGAAGCUUCGCUGGUAUGGUUUACUUCAGCACGAACUGCAAGCCAGUGGCUUGACUACUGGUUACGGCAUCGACUCCUGUGGUGGAGAAAGUUUGCUGCGAGUCCCUCUAACUUCAGCAGCGGCGAUUGUGAGGAUGAAGAGGGACGAAAAGGAAUCAGCCUUUACUACAGUUUUCCCUGGGGGAAGGAGCCAGUAGAAACCUUGUGGAAUCUGGGGGAUCAAGAGCUUUUACGCAUGUCUCCGGGAAACGUGUCUCAAUUGCACGGUCGAGAUGGACGAAAAAAUAUCGUUCCUUCUGUUUUAUCCAUAAGCGGAGACCUGGAUCGGGGGAUGCUGGCUUACCUCUACGAUUCUUUCCAGCAAACAGAUAACUCAUUUACAAGAAAGAAAAAUCUUCAUAGAAAGGUGCUUAAGCUUCACCCUUGUUUAGCCCCUAUUAAAGUGGCAGUGGACAUGGGACGGGGCCCCACGGUGGAACUAAGACAGGUUUGCCAAGGGCUAUUUAAUGAAUUACUGGAAAGUGGCAUUUCUGUGUGGCCUGGUUAUUUGGAAACUGCGCAUUCCUCAAUGGAGCAGCUUUAUUCAAAGUAUGAUGAAAUGAGUAUCCUCUUUACAGUCCUGAUCACUGAUGCAACUUUGGAGAAUGGAUUAAUACAUCUGCGAAGCAGAGACACUACCAUGAAGGAAAUGAUGCAUAUUUCUAAAGUAAAGGACUUUUUAGUCAAAUAUAUAUCAUCAGCUAAGAAUGUAUAGAACUUACUAUGUAUAAUAAAUAUUCUCCUUUUCU